ACCUCUCCGAAAUAACACCUCUCUUAUUCAGGUAGGCGAGGUUCAGGACCUGUGACCCUGCAGCAGACCGGACCGGACCGGACUGGACGAAACUUAGCAAUGCAUCGAUACGUCCUCCUGAUUUAAAGGUCACGCUUGGAUUCCCGAACCUGCACAGCAGAAGCAGAACUUCUCAACACCCCUCCAAAAAAAACGAACCCACCAGGAUGAACGAGCACAGCCUGGCCCUCGACCUGCUCCUCAUCUGCAUCUCCUGCGGAGCGGCGGGUGCGCUGGCGGCUUCCAAUUCCACCGUCUCCGCCCCGCCGUCCACCAGCUUGACCAGCGCCUGCGCCGGAUGUCGUGCGGACCCCGGGAGCGUUCCCAGAACCAGGCGGAGGAGGUACAUCUCCCAGGACGACAGGCUCACCAUACUGGACUACCACAACAAAGUCAGAGGGAACGUCGUCCCGGCCGCGUCCAACAUGGAGUACAUGGUUUGGGACGAGGCCCUGGCGCGGAGGGCGGAGGAGUGGGCGUCCAUGUGUUUGUGGGAGCACGGUCCCCGAAAUCUGCUCCGGUUCCUCGGCCAGAACCUCUCUGUAAGAACCGGGAGGUACCGGUCCAUCCUGCAGCUGGUGAAGCCGUGGUACGAUGAGGUGAAGGAUUACUCCUUUCCGUACCCGCGGGACUGUAAACCCCGCUGCCCGCUGAAGUGCUACGGUCCCAUGUGCACCCAUUACACACAGAUGGUCUGGGCGACGUCGAAUAAGGUGGGCUGUGCCGUUCAUACCUGUCACAACAUGAACGUUUGGGGAUCAGUGUGGAGGAGAGCCACGUACCUGGUGUGUAACUAUUCAUCAAAGGGGAACUGGAUCGGUGAAGCUCCGUAUAAAGUGGGCGUGCCCUGCUCCAUGUGCCCGCCCAGCUACGGCGGAUCGUGUUCGAACAACAUGUGCUUCCCUGCUGUCCAGUCCAACCACCUGCACUGGCUUAAAUAAUCCCACACACACACACACACACACACACACACUCUCCUCCUGUGAGAUUUUGCACAACAUUCCUGAUGUGUAUAUGUGGAUCUAUUUAACUGUAUAACCCCGAACGUUUAUAAAUUAUUGUUUUAUUAUUAUGAUCGUGUUUAUAUCAGAUAUUAUUUAGGAGUCGGUGCUGUUUAAACGUCUCGGGUGGAGUCCCAAUACUUCUGGUAAACAUUCAAACUCUCCCCUCGGGACCGCCUCCGUCCUCUGAAUAGUACAGACGAUUUCGAGUCUUGUCGUAUCCGAUUCCCCGAUGCUGCAGACCUCCACUCCUGAUCGACCGCUUCUUUUCCCCUGCACUAUUCGUGUUCAUAUGGAGAUCCGUAUCGUGCAUGGAGAGUCCCUACCCGUCGUCUCUGUGCAGCACCAUCGAUCAGCCAGCAGAGGGCGUAACUGCAGCAGUUUUACCGCUGCGCCACCCAACCGCCAGGCACGAUUAAACACGUCUGGUGGAGGGGAGGUCAGAUUGGGUUUCUCCUCUCCCACGCCCCCAGCAGGGCGACCCACCUGCAGUUUACAUACCGCCAAGCUAAAUCUACGUUCAGUUUGGCGUACCCUAAAACCCGCUGCUGAGAUUUUUUAAAAGGUGCUCGUUAACGACGAAGAAAUAUUUGAAACGUACACCUACUGCUAAUUCGUGUCAGACUAAAGUAGCUAAUGACAGUGCAGGUGUUACGCUACAGCUAACAGCUAACAGCUAACAGGACUUAAAGGUCAUUAAAGGGUUUUUAAUUUGGUGCUGAAUCGCUGCAGUAACAGGCGACACCUUUUUUAAACUAAAGCGUUCGCCAGCCAAACCGUUUGCUCAUAAUUUGGCAUUUUAUUUUAUUAUUUUUUAAUUAUUAUUAUCAGUAUUUGAAGUGCAAUCUGUCGUUCAAAUCCAGCUGAGGGUUUGAGGAUGAAUUUUGUGUUAUUUGUUAUUUGUUUGGUAUCGUGUACGUCUACGAAACUCAGCUGAAAUUAUUAACGAACACUUUCUACAAAGCCCACACUUCAAAUCAUAUAUUCAACGUUUGUAGGGUGGAGCUGCAGACCUACCUGUCCAUCAAGGAGACGAUCAUGACAGAACAGGGACAAAAAUCCGCUGCAGUUACGCCCUCUGCUGGCUAGUCGAGGCGCUGCACAGAGACAGGGGAUCACAGAGAUUAGUGUGUGACUCUGUACGCUAUACUGAUCUCUGUGUAAACCCUGCACACGUGUCAAAGGGGCGCGUGUUAUGAGUAGGUACAGGGGAAUUGGACAUGACUAAAUUGGGAAAACAUGACAAGGAAAAUGCAUAAAUAAUGGACACGUACUUCACCUUUGAAUCAUAGGCUCUUUUCAUAGUCUUUUUAAUUGUGAUUUGCGGUGUGGGGCUCGGUACAAAGUGUUUGCAUUAAUUUUACCUUAAAACAGAAAAUAAAAGAGCAAAUUUAACCUAAAAUACAAACAGAAAUUUUGCUUUUUGACUUUAAGAAUUGUCAGAAAUUAUGGGAUGGGAUGAUGGGAUUAAAAUCAUGAUUUAUUUUCUCUGUUUGUGUUUAUUGUGCACUGAUUUUUUCUCACGUUGUAAAUAAGGGUUGUAAUUCCCGACUGCGCUUUGUUUGGAUUUUGUACUGCAGAAUAAAAUCGGAUUCUUU